GGAACCGUGGCCACAGCAGCGAGUGACAGCCAGUCCACAUGGCUGGGGACACCGGGAUGGCCGGGAAGGUGGCACUGCUCCUCUGGGCCCAAACCCUUGGCCUCGCUGGCGCCCAGACCACCCAGCUCCUCGUGGAUCCCCCCUGGGUGCCACCGGUGAAAUGGGACCACGUGAAACUGACCUGCAGGAGCUUGGGGACCACCGGUGCCACCACCUGGUACAAGGACGGGCAGAUCUGGAGGCAGGAGGGAGAAGACCAUGUCACUGUCACCGAGAGUGGCACCUACACCUGUGACAGAUCCGGCAGUGGGCUCAGCCCCCCUGUGACAGUCUCAGACGAGCGGCUGGUGCUGCAGGUGCCGUCGCAGGCGCUACUGGAGGGGGACACAGUGACACUGCGCUGCCAGGGCUUGUGGAAUGACCUGGUCACCUCCGUGUCCUUCAACUGUGAGGGGAAGGAACUGGGCAGACUCCAUGAUGGGACCGAGCUGACCCUGUCCCCUCUUCAGCUGCAAUACAGUGGUCGCUACCACUGCAAGUGCCGGGUGGAAUACAGGGCAGAGAAGUUUUGGGAGUCGGCAUUGGUGACAGUGACAGUGCAUGUGCCUGUGGCCAAUGCCACCAUCAGCCCUGGUCCCCUGUCACACCAGGUGCACGCAGGUGACAACGUGACCCUGCGCUGCUCAGUGCAGGUGGGCUCAGCUCCUGUCAACUUCACCUGGCUGCACAACAGGAAGGAGGUGGCCCGGGGUCCCCUCCUGGAGCUCAGGGACAUUGAUAAGGGACAUUCAGGCACCUACCAGUGCGUGGCCACCAACCAGCUGGGACAAGACAGGCACCGUGUGUUCCGGGCACUCAGCCCAGAGCUGGCCCUGGAGGUGACACCUGGCUCACCCUGGGUCACAGGUGGGGUCACAUGGGGCCACCAGGGAGGGCUGAACCCCAGGGUGAUGGGUUACCCUGAUGUAUCCCCUCUGUUUCUUGCAGUGGUCGCAGGGGUCGGUGGGGCCCUUCUGUUCCUGCUACUGCUCAUGGUUGUCAUUUUGGCCUGGCACUUGUGGCACCGUGUGGCUGCCAGGAAGAACCAGCAAAGGGCCCCCCCGGAUCUCCCGGCCCCCCCAGAGGAGGGGGAGGUGCUGUACACCCACGUCGUGGUCACCAAGAGGGCAGGGGCGUCCCCACGUGCCACCACAUUCCAGGAUCCCCAGGUGACCUACGCGGAGCUGCGGGGACAUCAGGGGCGACCACGGGAACCUGGUGACAUCUCUGGGAAUGUGCUGUGACACUGGGGGGAACUGGGGGCACUGGGGGUCCCCACCCAUGGGCACCCACUAGUGUCUAUGCUGCCACUAAAAAUUGCCCCUCUCCCUCCCUGUGGGGGCACAAAGAUCCCAAAGGGCUGAGAGAAGAACAAUUUCCUGAGACAGCAACGAGAGAGAAUAAAACCAGCAACAACAUCAAAAAUAUUCAGUCUAAAUUACCACAGAAGGAACUAUUUCCUGGGGAAGCCACCAGAAAAGAAUAAACCCCAGACAUUU